AGUGUUAAAAGUGUCAAACAUGAUGAAUAGAACAUCGAAGUCUGCGAAGGAGAAGGCCGACGAGGAACCUGCGGAAGAGGUGCAAUCCAUUGAGAUUGACCCGGACGCGCAUGGUUUUAUGCGACAAGCAGCAAUCGACGAGAUGGUGAGAAUAAGGGACGCUUUGCUAAAGGCCACUGACGAAGGGAGCGAAAUAUCCAACGCACGGUUGAGAAUAUAUCUAAGGUCAGUGGAAGGUGCAAGUGUACAGUUUCUCGAUCACCAUCAACGUUUGUUGAAAAGCUUAUCAGCGAGUGAUCGUCAAAGCGAAACCGCGACUUACCAGGAAUUACGUGUGCUAUACGAAGACACAAUGACGGAAUUGGAGUCAACGUUGGAAGGCCGAUCGCCGCCUGUGCUUGAAAAGAAAGAACCACAAACAAUACCCGUACAAAUGAGUGCGCCUGUAGUGGUGCAAGCAUCGUUGCCACGAGCCAUUCCAUCGUUCAGCGGACGAUAUGAAGAUUGGCAAAGGUUUAAGGUAAUGUUCCAGGACGUGGUUGAUAAAACCAACGAAGAACCACGAAUCACACUCUAUCAUUUGGAAAGAGCUCUAACGGGUGAAGCAUCCAUGAUACAGGGUUCACCGAUAGAUAGCAUACGGCGAGCAUACCUUAGCGGUUCGCGCAAACGUUUAAGAUAUCUGCGGUCAUCGAUAGCGAUUCGCAUGUACAAUUAGCGAAUGGCCCAAAAUGGAUAGCGAUUCGCGUGCACACUUUAGUGAAUGUCAGAAUUCGGCGCGGUUUGGAAAUAUAGGUUUAUAUGCCCCAGGUUGAGGAGUCGAGAUUGGAAAAAAUCGUUUAAAUUUCGUUUUUUAUGUAAUUAGACAGUUGUUGCGCACAAAAGUGAUGUGAAAAUAAAUGUUCAUUAUUAUAAAGCAUAAAUUUAUUGAUUUUCAGCGUUGGUUAAAAAAAUAAUAACAAAACUAUGUGAAACAUGAGAAGAACAGCCAUGUGGAGAAUUCAAACAUGGACGUAUAUACACGAAUUCAAAAAUGAUGUGAUCACAAAAAAAAAUCCGUUCAGGUAAUGAAAAUAUUUAGCAUAUUGGUCCAGCAACCGAAGCGUUCACAGUUUUACCAAGCGAAUAACAAUCACAGCAUCAUUUGCGGUUUAAUUAUACAUUCCUUCGUUGUUUUUGGUUUUGGCAAUCAUCCUUUUAAAGGUGUUUGGCUACGAUAGGAGCUCUUGCUUGUUGAAGUGCGCCCGUGCAACAUUUUUAUUGUCGGUAAAUUUGUUUUAUUAACGCACCGUGAAAGAAUACAGUGAGUAUCAAUAGCGGUAUGUGCUGAAGCAAAACAACUGAGACACACAUCGUUCUUUUUACUUUUUGCUUGCAGAUAUGAAUUCCAGCCAAAGCUCUGUACAAGGGGAAAAUGCAAGCAGCGCUAUGCAAGCACCUCGCCGCCGAAAAACUACCAGCAACGAAGAUAGAGAGCGCGUGCCA